AUGUACCCCAAUCUAUUUCCUCCACUAGCAAAAGGCAGAAGAGGCAGAUGGGGAAUCAACCCUUUUGCCAAUAAUGACAGGAAUAGGUUGGGGGCAAACUGGAGAAAUCGUCUAGAUUUCGAAGAGGAAGUCAUGCCUAGACCACACAGAAUGGAACAGAGGGAUGAACACAAUCAGCCAGAACUAGGUUUGAACCUACACCCUAUCAACGCCUUAAAUGACGCGAGAGCACUACAAAGAAUGAUCAAAGAGAUGAUGGAGCCUAAAGCCAGAAAAGGAGAAAGGCCCGCCUACAGAAAGCCAUAUCCAGCUUAUAUUGAUCAGAUGCCAUUAUCCCCAGGAUUUAAGGUACCAAACUUCGCUUUGUUCAACGGAGAAGACACCCAUGCGUUAUCAGUUCAACAUAUAGGCAGAUUCUCUAUCCAGUGCAUAACCGUAGAGAAUAAUCCUCUGCUAAAGCUCAUGCUUUUUGGAAAUUCUCUCUCUGGACAAGCCUUUACUUGGUACCCUAACCUACCAGCCAACUCCAUUCAAACAUGGGAACAGAUGGAAAAUGCUUUCCAUGAUAACUAUUUCAGAAUUCAGCAAGAAGUCACCAUCAGUGACCUUGCUGCCCAUAAGCAGAGAGAAGAUGAGCCUACCCAAGACUUCAUAACCAAGUUCAGAAAGCUCAAAAUGAAAUGUCAGAUCCCUAUGGAAGAAAGGCACUUCAUUCAGAUGGCUCAAAUUGCCCUCAAGAUUUCUCUAAGGAAGAGAUUUGAUGGCCUGCUAUUUGGAGAUCUGGCAGAAUUGGCAUACAAGACUUCUAAAUAUGAGGAGUUUCUCAGGGAAGAACAACAAAUGAGAAAUUCCUCAAAAGGAGCAUAUUACAAGAUGCCAUCUUCUUCAGUACAUUUGGCUGAAGUUAAGACAGAAAAAGGUACAGAAAGCUUAGAAGAGAGGGAAGUUGCAGUGGCAGAAAUGGCGAAAUUAACAUAUCAUAUCAGCUGCAAGGCUCUAACAAAACCACCAAAGGAUCAGAAGCCACCACCAUUUACAAGGGGAUUUGUUCCAAACAAACCAGCAGAGAACAAGGUCUAUUCUUUCGAUUUAACCAAGGUUGACACUUUGUUUGAUGGGAUGCUUUUCCAAAAGGCAAUAGAGACACCUCACAGGUUGCCCAAGCUAGAGGAACUCAAGGGAAGACAGUAUUGCAGAUGGCACAACUCUUGGAACCACUCCACCAAGAGUUGUGUUGUUUUCAGAGACGUAACACAAGAAGGAAUAACGGGAGGAAGGCUAAAACUAGCUGGGAAGCCUCCCACAUUAACCACCUACCCGUUUCCCCAAUCUCAAGUUAACAUGGUCAACUUAGAUUGGCCAGAACAACAGAAAGGCAAGCGGGUAGCAGAAGUCAGCCCCAACAUAAACAGAAUAGUUAGAAAGGAGGCAAAUCAGAAAUGA